AUGUUUCUACGAAGAGCUUUACCUAGAAACCUAUUACUUAUACAGAGAAGAAGAAUAUCAAAUGUUAAUGUUCCCUUUGAGGAUGAUUUGACAGGAUUCGAAGACGACAGUUUGGCAGAUUUUCAGCAUUAUCCAGGUUUACAACAGUCAACACCGGUCGACCAGAAUAAUACACCAAGCACUAAAACAGACAAGACAAUCGCACAAGCUCCCUUGCAAGAGACAACUAUUAUUCCUCAAUUGUCUAAAAUUAGUCAACUAAGAAACCCAGUGAUUUUUGUAUCUAAAUUGACAAAUCCUUAUAUGAAUCUUGCUAUCGAAGAUUAUAUUUACAAUGCCAUGCCUAAACCAGAAGGUGCCAAAGAUAAUUCAUUUGAUCGGCUAAUGUUCUAUAUAAAUACUCCAUGUGUAGUAAUUGGAAAAAAUCAAAACCCUUGGCAAGAAGUUAAUUUACCGGUAUUGAAUUCUUUAGGGGUCCCCAUGUUAAGAAGACGGUCCGGUGGAGGAACUGUUGUUCAUGAUUUAGGAAACGUGAAUUAUUCAUACAUGACCACGAAAGCUAAUUUUGAUAGACACAAGUUUGCCAGUUAUAUUGUGGAGGCAGUGAACCAAGCUAGUCCACGUUUUAAAAUAGAAACUAAUGAACGUGGUGAUAUUGUUAGUGAAAAACUCUUAGGGUUGAACUAUAAAAUAAGUGGAUCGGCUUAUAAGUUAUCAAAGGGAAAAUCCUACCAUCAUGGAACCAUGUUACUUAAUCUGAAGUUAGAUGUAUUAGGUAAAUUAUUACAUCGUGAUGAAAAAAAAUUAGGCAUUGUUGAUUCCAAGAUGUCUAUACCUUCAGUCAAAUCCAAAGUCAUUAAUUUGGAAAUGAAAAGUGAUAAAUUUAUUGAUGUUGUUAGUCAAAAAUUUAAAAGUCUUUACAAUGUGGUUCCUGAAGAGGAUACAGAAAUGGAUGAGUUUAAUGAGAUGUUUGGAUUGACUGAUUUUGCCAAGUCACAAGAAGUUACAUUGUUUGUUAUUGAUGAGGCAACAACGAUACCGGAAGAAAUCCAUAUAACUGCAGAUGAAUUAAAACAGUGGUCAUGGAGGUUUGGUCACACUCCGAAAUUUACACAUUCAUUCAAAAACCAAAAGCAUGGGCUUGAAAUAUUAUUCAAUGUUGAGAAAGGGUGUCUUAAAUCAUUCAAACUAACAUUUGAUGAUUCUAACUCUGAUACUAAAGAAAUUGAAAAGUCUUUCCAAUAUUUGGAGUCACAUAUCAAGAAUAAUGAUUUAGAGUAUACUGGUAGUAAUGUAGCCGGAUUUGUACUUCAUGAUGAGAUAAGUGACUGGAUAGGUGAAUCUAUAGAUGGCACAAUAUAA